AUGGAGAGAUGGCUUAAAAAAGGAACUCUAAAACGUUCCUCUCAAGAACCUGAAUAUUUUGCGGUGAACUCAAGUCAUAUUGAUAAUCAUAGUAAUAAUGAGAAUGAUACAAAUGAAAUCACCCCAAAAUAUUUUAAAAAAUGUAGAAAGUAUGAUGAAAGUUACAUAUCAUUAGGGUUUAUGAAUAAUAAUGAUAAUCCUCAGUGCGUUAUUUGCAGCAAAGUUCUCCCAAAUAGCUCUAUGGCUCCAGCUAAAAUGCGUCGUCAUUUAGAAUCUGUUUACGGUGAACUUAAAGAAAAAAAUGUAGAAUUCUUUAUUCGAAAGCAUGACGAACUAUUAAAAUCAAUAAACUGUAUGAUUCAAACCACAAAAACUGUGAAUGAAAAAGCAACCGAAGCUUCUUAUUUAGUUAGCUAUCAGAUAGCUCAACGCGGUGAAGCUUACACAAUUGCCGAAAGUCUAAUAAAACCUUGUGCUAUGGAGAUGGUAAAAUGUAUGUUAGAUGAAAAAUCUGCAAAAGAAAUAUCUAAAAUCCCACUAUCGAAUGACACGGUAGCUAAUCGUAUCAAUGAUUUAGCAGCCGAUAUACAGAAUGAACUUGUUUUUCGUCUCAAAUCGUGCAAAUUUGCAUUACAAAUGGAUGAGUCUACCGAUGAAGCUGGGCUUGCAAUAUUAAUUGUCAUCGUUAGGUAUCAACACGAAAGCACAUUAUUGGAAGAUCUUCUUUUAUGCAAAUCUCUACCAACACGUACUACUGGAGCUGAAAUAUUUGAUCUUCUAAAUUCAUUUCUUGAAGGAAAUGAAAUACCAUGGGAAAACUGCGUUGAUAUCUGUACCGAUUGA